CUCUUUGCCUCCAGCCAUGCUCUCCAUUUCACCCUCACCCCCUCUCUACCUGAGUUUCCUCCUCUUUCUCUCGUACCACUCCCCUGUUCUCUCCUGUCAGACUGGGACCCGCAGCCAGUGUGAGUCUGCUCCCUUUGUGCCAGGCCACAACCUGGUGGGUGAGGGCUUUGAUGUGAUCACCCUGCGGCGAAAAGGAGCCUACAUGGUUGACGUGAGAACCUACCUCACUCCAAAUGGCACCUGUACUCUCUGCUCCAACCAUAUUCAAGGCAACAAGCUGCAGAAACUGCCACUCUCUGCAGUGGACUGGCGUGCAUACAGCCGCUGCAAUGAUGCUGUCCACAGCAGUACACACACCUCUGUCAGUGCUCACAUGUGGUGCGGCCACCACAGUCACAGUGGCAUCAGAUUGAGUAAGGAAACCCAGUCAUCCUUUGCCCCAGCAACGCCCUCCAGCCCUUCCAUCCUGGGCGAUCCCGAGGUGUUCCCAGGCCAUAUCUGGCUUGCAAAGGAGCAGCAGCUCUACUCCAAGCUCCCCACAGAUUUCCGAGCUCCUCACCCUAUCUCUAAGGCUGAUCCCAGCACCUUCAAGAAGGAAUCCAUUUUGGCCUCUUUCAAAAAGCUCCUCAGUGGCAAGGCGCGGGGUGUGGAUGAGAUUUGCCCUGAGAUGCUGAAGGCUCUGGACAUCGUAGGGCUGUCCUGGCUGGCAUGUCAGUGUUGUGUUUUGUGUAAUGCUGUUGAGUUUUGCGCCUCAUGGCCACCAUACCCCAAGGCAGUGAAGCUAUCAAACAUUCUAUCAAACUAUUUUACUGCUAUUGAUGAGGUGUGUAUCACUGGUACAUAUCACUAUCAUUUUAUCGCCCAGACCUACCUGGAUGUUGGGGGAACACAUUCGUCUGCAUAUAACUUUGCUACAGAAAAGAACAAACACGAUCGCUACACCUUCAGCUUACACAGGGUCACCUGUAGCCAAUACAGUUACCGUGUGUCAGGCACACCGCCCCUCAGUCCCGAGUUCAGUGAAGAUUUGAAGAGUCUGCCAAAUUUCUACAACUCCAAAACCAAAUCUCAGUACAAGAAACUCAUAGAUACCUACGGCACACACUACAUCCACAAGGUUUAUCUUGGGGGGCGACUCAUGCGAAUUGCAGCUGCACGUACCUGUUUGUCCACACUGAAUGGGCUCUCCUCAAACGAGGUGCACUCCUGCUUAUCACAGGGUUUCAGUGUAGGCCUCGGGAAGACAAGUGCAUCUGCUAUCAGCAGGAUUUGUUCCAAGGUCCUACGGAACCAGGACUUCGUUGCCUCGAGCUACGAACUUUACCAAGAUUACACAGAGGUGUUAGGGGGUACUCAAUGGUCAGGGGUGUUUUCACUUAUUCGUGAUGACUCUCUGGGCUACCUGAAUUGGAUGAAAACCCUCAAGAACCGCCCAGAUAUUGUUGGGUACUCCCUCAGACCAAUGUAUGAGCUGAUGCAAAAUGAGUCACAGAGGGCUCAGAUGAAGACUGCCAUUGAGCAGUACAUAGCAAACAACACUGAGAUUAACUCACACAAAGAACCAUAUUGUCAGUUCAUUCCCAACCUGGCUCGCAACUGCUGUCCUCUACGGGCCCAGAGAGGAACUCUGAAGGUGAUCAUCAUCCGAGCCUGGGAUCUGUUUGGAGAUCUAACUGGCAACACUGAUGGGUAUGUUAAGCUGCAGUAUGGUUCCAUUCGCCGCAGGACUGAUGUGGUCACAUCAAACAAUCCUUGGUGGAAUGCUCGUUAUGAUCUUGGCACGGUGGAUACACGUUUAACUUUGAAGGUUGAGGUCUGGGAUGAUGACUCAUCAUGGGGAAAUGAUGAUGACCUUCUGGUAUCAUGUGAGACGUAUGUGAAAAAGGGGUUUCACACAUUCACCUGUUCAUCAUCACUAGGCAGCUUCAAGGUCGAGUACACGCUGACCUGCGACCAUCACUUGACUGAAGACAAGUGUGAUCACUACACACCAUCUCGACAGUAAAAAAUGCAUUUUGGAGUUGAUCAUAUAACAGGUACUAAAGGACUGAGGGCUUAUACAUUUAUUUUCCUACCAUUGAAACACAAUAUUCUGUUUUCUCUUUUACAUCUGUUUAGGGUUCAGUCAAUCAUUUGACCAUAUAAAGUUAAGUGCUGUGUAAGCCAAAUGACUGUUACACUUUUCAGUUUUCUGUUUUCUAAACUGUUAAAAUUGUAAUAUAUCACUUAUUUUUUGAACAUAUAAAUUGACAUGUAUUCAUAUACAAUAUGUAAUUGAAAGAAAGAAGAAGCUAAAUCUUGUGUCUUUCUUCUUUGUCUAUGUAAACAACAGCUUAGAUGUUUUUUGUUGGUAGGGCUGUAAUGGUUAUGAUAUUGGUUUACAUUUGUAUUGCAGAUUGUGUUAUAAAGGUUGUUGGUAAUUAUCUUUAGUAAACUUUUGUGGCAAAAC